AUGGCAUCAAAUCGAGCAGCUUGGAAAGAUUAUCAUUUAUUAACCAAAAAAAGAUGUGAAAAAGAUUUGAUUGCAACUGAAGUCGAUGAAUUAAUAGUAAAAGUAGUGAAUUUGCGAAAGAAUUGUCCAGGAAAAAUCGCUCAGAGUACUGCAGCUAUUAAAAAACUUGAAUUGCACCGUUUGACAAAAGCAAAAAUACAUUUGCAACCAUCGACUGUUUCGUCUAACAUUUACCUCAGUGAAGAAUUGUUAAGCAUAGAACAACAAAACGAUGCCACUAAAAAAAUGAAAGAGGAACAGGAAAUGCUAAAUAAGGGUUCCUUAUCAUGUUGUUGUGCUGUCGUUGUUGUAUAUCGUGGCGGUCGGUAUGAUAAACUGGGGAAUAACGAACUGGCUGAAUACGAAAUCGGCGACACUAGCAAAAUUCGUGAUUUUCUCUUUUGUCCGUUUUCCUUUCUGUAA